AUGGUCAUCAACGUCCCCACCGCCUCCCUCGAAGGCAAAGUCGCCCUCAUUACAGGAGCAGGCCGAGGAAUUGGUCGUGGCUGCGCAAUCGAGCUCGGCAAGCGCGGCGCCUCUGUAAUCGUAAACUACGUCUCCUCCGAAGGCCCGGCAAACGAAGUCUGCCAGAUCAUCGAGGGCUUCAACAAUGGCGCCAAAGCCAUCGCCAUCCGAGCCGACGUAUCCAAGGUUAGCGAGAUCAAGCGGCUGUUUGAGGAAGCAAAGCAGGCCUUUGGCAAGAUUGACAUAGUGAUGAGUAACUCGGGGACGGAGAGUUGGGAUGUCACUGAGGAGAUUAGCGAGGAGAAGUAUGAUCAUGUAUUCAAUCUCAAUGCACGAGCACAGUUCUUUGUCGGCCAGACGGCGUACAAUUACAUUGAGGACAAUGGACGCAUCAUCCUCAUGUCCUCGAUUGCCGCUGGGCUCCUCGGUGUCAAGGACCACGCGCUAUACAACGCAUCCAAGAUGGCAGUCAUCGGCUUCAUCAAGGCAUUUGCCACGGACUUUGGAAAGAGAGGCAUCACGGUCAACGGUGUGGCACCCGGCGGUAUCAAGAGCGACAUGUUCACUCAAAACGCCUGGCAUUACAUCCCAGGUGGCAGCCCCGAUUGGCCGGCAGAGAAGAUUGAGACGUUGAUGGCGAAUCACUGCCCGUUGGGACGUUGUGCGGUACCCGAGGAUGUGGCGCGGGUUGUGGCAUUUUUGGCGAGCGAGGAUGGAGGUUGGGUGAAUGGGCAGGUGCUUACUAUUUCGGGGGGAUCCAGUCAGUAG